AUGGCGGCGAGCGGGGCGGAGCGCGCGGGCGGAUCGGUGCAGCGCGCUCACCUGCGGGCGUGGGGUGCGGGGAUCGAGGAGCGGGCGGUGCCGGAUCUGGGGUCUGCGCAGGGAGGGGAGCGAGACGAGGAGACGGAUGACCUACAUGUGUCAGGGCGGGUAGGCGGCCAGAGCUCGCCGCGGUGCGUGGCCAGGGCUUGCCGGGGCGGCCGGGGCGCGCGGUCGAGGCUCGCCGGGGUGGCCGGGACGAGCGGUCAGGGGCUCGCCGGGGCAGCCGGGACGCGACGCCGGAGCGCGGCCAGGGUGGCACUCCUUGCAGCUUGCGUGCGCAGAGGUUUGAAGGUACUUUCUGCAAUGGGGGCUGGGGCUCGAGCUGAUCCCACCAGAAUUCGUGUUGCAGAUUUGAGAGAAUCAAGCAAUGAUCCCCUCUCUCGAUCGGUGAGGUACAGGCUCAAGAAAGAACAUGGAAUUGAGGGUGGAAUACCAGUAGUUUUUUCAUUGGAAAAGCCAAAGGCAAAGUUGCUUCCUUUUCAGGCUUCAAAAGAAGAGGAAACUCCAUCAGAUUACCAGAUUGUCCUAGGAUUUAGGGUUCGCAUUAUACCAGUACUGGGAACCAUCCCUGCAAUAUUUGGUCAAGUUAUGGCCUCCUAUGUGAUUACUCAGCUUGCUGGAUUAGAUUUUCAAACUGAACCAGUUGUUAACCUGGAUUUGGAUCAUUACCGUAUACUUCAUCAGCGUCUUAUUGAGCAUGAGGAGCGGAUGUAUGGGACAGCCGAGCAAGUUCUGGUAGAUUCUGAAGAGGUAAUGUACAUUGUCAAAGAAUUGUGGCGUGGUCGAAGUGCUAGAGACCAAAGUCAGAAGGACACUGGUCGGAAAAUGUGGAGAUCUGUCAAUGAACUAAUGCUUGUUCGGUGGGACAAAUCAAAGGCUGCUGGCAUCUCAAACUUAAUACUUCUCAAGUUUAGUGAGGCUGAUGCCCAUGAAUCCACCACACUCGACCGAAUAAAAGAAGAAGAACCUGAAUUCUACUCUAUGGUUUCACGUGUCCUGAAACGAGCUGAGAUGGAGUUUGCCUUAUGACUCAACGAGUAGCGAGGGUUGAUGAUCUUGCCUCUUGGAGGACUCUCACGGUUGCUAUUCAGUGGUGGCCUUGGAACAAUGGAUCAGCGUUCAGUUUGGUGGGAUUCAUAUUUGGGAGUACUUGAUCGGUAUGCUAUGGUAAAAACGACGUGCAAAAGUUUUUCUUCUUGUGGCAGCCGAAACAUCAGCUCUCUGUUAUCACGGAGUUGUGCACUUGUAGCCAUCUAUAUGUAAAUUAAUCGUGUUUUGCUUUUGCGUGCAAUAUAGGUGUCCAAUGAUAUUCCACUGAGAAGAGGAGUUCCAAUACUAUCUACCUCUUGGAGGUAUGUGAUUUAGAAUGGGGUCAGAUGCUUGCCUGUAGUUGAUUUUUGUGUAGGUAAGUAGAAAUUCAGACCCGAAUGUUUCUGUCUUGCUAUAUGUGGUGAACUGUUAUGUCAACUAAUUGUGCAUCUUAUUGCAUCUUUGCCAUAAAUCAAAAAGUAAUAUUCCAGUUUGCUUCCACAGGCAAGAGCACCAAGAAUAUCGUUUAUAAACAUGUUCUGCUAUGAUAAAUCCUUAAAUGAGUAAGUCCAUAAAUUAAAAUUACCUACUAUGUAUGUUUCGAGCUUAUAUAAUCCCCUAUAUGGUUAAGGUGCAAAAGAAUUUUAAAAAAAUAUAUGGUUCUCUAUAAUUUUAUAGGAUGUUGGACCUGUUUUAGAAGGAUUAAUUGUUCUCUAUAAAUAGAUUAACUGUUCCUUGGGAAAUAUGUUAUUGAUUCAAUCCAAUGAAGUACUUCAGAUUUGAUAGAAUUAACUUUGGACUUGAAUGUGGUCCGUAAGAUACUCAGAAUAAAUAAAUGAUUGGUUGUUUUCAUAUGUAUUUUUUAAAUAAAACCGUAGCGUUAGCACGGGCACUAUACUAGUUACUUUAUAUAAACUUUGUUAAACUUAAGAUAGUUACAUUGCAAGGAGCAAUGUCGAGGUUUUAUUUUCUAAAUGCCUAGGUGCAUGGAUGAAUAUUCCCCUAUAGGAUGACCUAUCACAUAUGACUCUAACCAAACGCUACCAAAAGAGAGAUUGCCCUCAUCUCAUUCCCAAAUGACUCCUAACUAAAACACUACCAAAACGAGAGAUUACCCCCAACCCAUCACUAUUGGAGUAUUGGUCCCUUGAAAACAAAUGAUAAUACGCAAAAUGAGAAAUUGGAGUUUCCGCAAGUGUAGGAUUGCGCAAGCAAGCAGGAGCCAUAUGGUGAGUUCCCUCGAUCACCUCCACACUCCUAAUGACCGCUGCCUCUAUGGCUUCGCGAACAUGGAAGAGAGUUCCACUCCAUAACGGUGGAGACGGUGGAGGUAUGUAGGAGAGGCUCGGGACUGCUUCGCUCCAUGUUUUGUAGCUAAAUGGUUAAAAGCUCCACAUGCUUUGUUCAAGAAAAAAGGGUGCAAUUAUGAGAGCACCUAAAGAAGUACUCCACAAACUUCAGGUUUUUAUGGAACUGCUCCAAG